UUAAAAAGGACAAAGAAACAUUCGCUUCUAAAUUAUCAACUAAUUACAUUCAUAAGUAUAUUGAAGUGAUCAACUAAUUACAAUUUUGUAGAGAGCCAAAGAAAACAUUCCAACAUGGAAAGACCACCAAUUAUAACUUUUGUUAUGAACAUUAUCUUCUACAUUACAUUGUGUGCGCUAUUACUCUUUUGGAUUUGCUCCAUCUUUUGCCGUCGUUAUAGAGCGUCUACUCACAAUAGACAAGCAAUCGGUCCGACAAUCAUCGCGUCCCCGAUCAACCAUGAGCUGCCACGUGGCCUCGAGACCACGGUCAUCGACACCUUCCCUAAGUUCGCGUACUCGACGAGGUCGGAUGAUGAUGAUGAUGAUGAUCCAAGGGUAAAGUCGGGAUUAAUGAAGAUGACGGGCGAAUGUGCCGUGUGCUUAGGGACGUUUGAAGAGAAGGAAAUACUACGUUUGUUGCCUAAAUGUGGACAUGUUUUUCAUGCUGAUUGUGUUGAUACUUGGCUACGAAUGCAUGCCACGUGUCCUUUUUGCCGGGAUAUUCUGUUACCGGAUGAAACUCACGCCGGGAUGAGGCCUACUCAGGUUGAUGUUGUGAUCAAUGUCAACGACGGUAGAGGACGAUAAUUGGUUGUGACUUUUUCUAAGAAAAGCAAUUACUAAUGAUGUGUACAUUAUAUUUUGUAGACCAUUGCUCACAUUCACAUUGGUUAAUAGCUAACAUGUACGAACUAUAAGGUAGUCUUCGAGUCUUAUGGUUGACUUUUGAAAUAUUGUUGUAUGUAUUGGUUGCUCGAGUAAACUUUAGCACUAAUUGU